AUGGCACGACCGCGCCACGGGAGCAGCACGGCCGCCAAGCCCGACGACGACCGCGCCCGCCAUACGAGCCUGCCGCUGCUCGGCCUCCCAUCCUUCCUCAAGCCCAUGGAAGACGCCAAGCGAGCAUGCCCACCCAAGGUGUCUCCGCUCGCAGCCAGCGACGAGACGCCGCUCGACUCGUGCAGCGGCCUCAAAGACCAGUUCCUGCGCCUCAAGCAAAAGUUCCACAAGGCGACGCCCGAGACUACGACGUCCGAGUCGCAUGCCAAGACCGCCGACGCCGCCAAGGGCCUGCGCCGCUUGAGCUUGGACAACAGCGUCUGGAUCGACCCGCGCGCGCUCUUGGACCCGUACUGCAAUAAAGAGAUCGACAUGAAGCCGUCCGAGCUCAUGCGCGAGCUCGAGACGCUCAACGGCGCGGCCCAGAAGAUGUUUGUGCACGACCCGUGGUCCAACGGCGCCGAGCGCUGGGUCCUCGACGACGCGUGCUUGCGCGGGUACAUGACGUGCUGGACGAUCGAAACCGGCGGCGAGCUCGUUGUGCUCAUCGCGCGCACCAUCAAAGCGUUGAACGCCAACAUCAACCCCGACAUUGCGCUGCAGUGGAUCGGACGACAGCUCUGGGGCCUCACCAUCACACUACCGCUUGCUCGGAACCGAGAGCUUACGAUGCAGCAUAUCACCGUCGCAUCCAGCAUCGAUGUGGCGCUGGCCAAGAUGGUCAAGGUUGCAUCAUCGCCCGAGCCCAACAAUGCCAACCUCCAGUCGGGCGUCCCGCCCAUCUCGCCGCGCAAGGCGCCGGCAGAAGCCCCCGAAACCCCGUCGAUCGAAGUGUCGAAUGGUCCUAGCCACAUGCGAAGUCUCUCCAACGACACGACAACACCAACGCGAGCAGUGGGGCACAGCCGAAGUCUCUCGAGCGAUGCGACGAGCCAGCACCUCCGGAGCCUCUCGGGGGACCUUCGCGCCGAAGUCCACGACAUUAAUCGGCUCCUCGCACCGCCUCGGUCGCCCACGUCGAGCUCGUCGAGCUCAUCGACGACAAAAACGUGGCACGCCCUCACGACGCCAGGCCCUGCACUUUUGGACGACGACCCCUUUGCACGCUGCGCACCCGAGAAAACGGGGUGGCUAAAAAAACGCAGCAGUGGCUUGAACUCGUGGCAGCUGCGCUGGUUUGAACUCAAGGGCAAUCGGCUCUACUACUUCAAGCACGAGAAGGAUGGACUCCCCAAAGGUGCGAUCGUGCUCGACAAGGUCUACUGCAUCCGUGGUGCGGCGGGGGAUCCGUCCCCAAGCCUCACGAUCUCUCCGUCUGGCGCCAACUCGAUUUGCAUGUUCAAGUUCAGCGAUCGACUCGUGCACCACGUCUUUAGUCGCCGCUCGUGUACGCUCCGCGUGCCUGACGACGACGAGAUCGAGCUCAAUGCUUGGAUUAACGCCAUUUGCCGCGCGUCGUUCCAGUGCUACCUGAGUGUCCCGACCGCCGACGCCAACGUCGACGAGAACGAGUUGUACAAGUACAGUAGCUUCCAGUACCUGCGCGAGACGGACCCGCUUCUAUGGGAAAUCAACCCACUCGACCAAAACGCCAUCAAGAAAAAGGCCUCAGUUGCGCGCACAAAGGCCGAGUACACGUACAUCAUGUCCAAGUACGCGCACGUCCUUCGCCACAUUCUCUUGCCGCGACCGCGCCCGAUCAGCAUUGAGCAGACCCUGCGCGACAUCAUUCCCGAGCUCUUUCUCAUCAACAACAUUUUGUACGGCGGUGAAACUGAGAGCAUCGACGACAUCUUCCACGUCCUCGAAGGCUACGUCAAGCGGUUUGCGUCCACCCACGAGGCGUGCGUUACCGCGGUCAGCGCCGUCCUUCAAGCGUGCGCGCGUACGAUUGCCGGUGGCGACUCGUUUCUUGUGAUCCGGACGCUUCUCGGCAGCAGCGCCGGCGACACGCUCAUCCGUCCCGCCGACUCGCAUGGCGCACCGAUCGUGAUUGACAUUUCGAGCGCAACGCCGUCUCUCUUUACGAUCACGCUCUCGAGUGUCUUUGUGUUUCAUUUGCUCGACGACGUCGAAAAGAUGACGGAAGACGACGCGAUCGAGCCGCUUCUGCGUGUGCAAACGCUCCACGUCCAAGAAAUGGACCUUCUUCUUGGCAAGUCAACGCGGCACCUCAAGAUACGACAGCUCGCGGCCGACGACGAGCGAAUAGGAGGCGACCUCACAAGCAGUCGCAGCACCACGUACGACUUUGGCGCGCUGCUCGACGGUCUCGCGUAGGUAGGAGGAAAUCAUCAAGUUAUAAGAAGCGAUGC